GGUGUUGAAGAUAGAAAAAAAAGGGGAGGGGCACCCAAGGCGAAAUGAAAACAGGCGCGACGACACCGGAAUGCUUCGGCCCUCCCACGGGUUUACCCAGAUGAUCGCCACUAUCUUAUAAACCUCCCCCCCCCCCACACACACACAGACUCGGAACUCGGGAUCCUGAGGCAAUCCCCGGGGUGGGGGGGGGGGCGAAGAGAAAAAAAGAAGAGGACUCGAAUUUGCUGUUACCACAAGAUGACAGGAUCAUUUAUACUGACAUUUCAUUUGAUAUUCAUAAUACGCACCGCACGCGAUUGGAUCAGAAAGGAAAUUUUGGAUUGGCUAGAAGUGGCAUUCGGCUCCGGACCUUGUGCUUUCUUAUUGGUUGAGUUAAGUCGAACGACGACAAGAAACCCGAGACAGUUGGUCGAGAACAGCUUCUAAACGUGGCUCAUGAAAGGCAGGUGUUUAUUGGGUAAUGAAUGAGCGUUUUAAUUUUAAACUGUUGCCGCUGUUCAUGUCACGUUAGUGAACUCGUUUGUUUGAGUUAUGUUUAAACAGAACUGGUGUCGCAGAAAGCGGAAGAUCAUGAGAAAAUGGCAAGUGAUAGGAAGGGCACAGAGAAAAAAUAAGCGACACCUGCUAGGAAAGUACAAGGGAGAUGUCUGCAAGCCACAGCCAGCCACUUGCCAAGCAACCGAGAAGGAGGACGUGGUCGCAUCGAACAGCAAUUCCUUCCUGCAUGAUUCAGUUCCUGUUGGGCUCAUUUCUUUAGCAAAUGUGAAGAAUCUGUUGAAUCCUCUUAAGACUGUGGUUUAUUCCAUGUAUUCAUGGUGGCUUAAGAACGUUAGGCAGGGAUUGGAAUUAAUCAAAGAUACUCUAUAUCCUUCACGUGUUUACCUGCAGGAGCUGAAUGCACUUCGGCAACGUAUUGAGUCACUUGAGAUCAAACUAACACGAAUGCAAGAAACCUUUGAGCAUCAUCAGGACCCCAAUACUGCAAAACCAGCUGAAGUAUGUUGCUGCCGGAAGCAUGCAGACUCUGUACCAGGUCUUAAUAAAAUUCCAGUAUGGCCAGUGCAGCCAAUUGUAAGUCGUGCCCUGCUGAAGUUACCAGAUGAGGCUCCUCCACCUCCUCCACCUCCCCCACCUCCACUACCUCCAGCUUUCCUGCUUGCAGAGAAACCUCUGCAGAUUAAACGGAAAAGCAGAACUGAAAAUCCUCAGCAGACAACCCAUGAGAAGAUUCGUAAGUCACUAUCCAUAACUACGAAAGAUUUGCUUCAAGUAAAGCUGAAGAGCACUGCAGACAGAUUUGGAGUAACGAAGUUGGAUACCAAGAAGAAGGAGGGACCUCCAUUUGUUACAGUAAAAGAUCUGCUUCAUGUGAAGCUGAGAAAGACUCAGAACAAGGUAGAAAAGACGAAGAUGGAUACACCAGGAAAAAAAAGGUCUCCUUUGGUCACACUCUCUGAUCGGCAAGGCUUUAAUUUUCAGGGAAAAGCUAAUCAACUACAGAAACCAACGAAAAUUAUGAUCACUCCACAUCGACCUGUUUUGGAUCUUCGGCAGCGUCUAAAGAAAGUAAAUAUAGAAAGGAGCCCAGGUGGAACACCUCUCUACAAGGAAAAUAAAGAUACUGCGACGGGAUUGACGCCAGUUAUGACCCAGGCACUAAGACGGAAGUUUGAGAUGGCCCAUCCAAAAAGUCCUCCUGGCGGCUGCUCCUCUCCAAACACCAGCUCCGAUGAGCAAAGUGCUUGCUAAUUUUUACUUAAGUUCUGUUAUUAUUAAAUUUACUUCAAUUUUAUGUAAAUUCUGUUUUGUUUAUGAAAAUGUGUAUUUAACAAUGGUGAGAUGAAUGGAUUCCAGCUGUGCCUUGUCAAUUAUGAAGCAUGUAAAGGUUUCACUCUCUGUAUAUAUAAAUGUGUAUUUUAUGUUGUGGAGCAAAUGGCUUCUAGCCUGUGGAAAUCAUUAUAUCCAAUUGGUCACCUGGCUGCCUGUGGUGUAUGGCAUGAUCUCCAGUUGUUCACUGAUGACAUGGUGUGCACUACUCCAGCGUUCAAGCUGGGACACAUAACAGAGCCUGUUUAUUCUCAAAAGCAACAGUUAAAUGACUUAAUUGUUCUGGGGGGGGGGGAAUAACUCUUUUUGGAUUAAACCUAUGUUUAUACAUUUGCCAUAAAUUUCAUGGUCUAUGCCAUCUUCAUAGUUUGGCAUUGACUUUUUCUAAACUUUGGAUUUUAAGAGUAUAACUAAUACUUGCAUGUUCAUUUAUUCACUGUUAGUUUUAAUUCUAAUUCCCCUGCAUCUUUUAAAAUAUAGGGUCCCAAAGGAAAUAUUAUUUAGGGGUGGUUUAAAACAAAACGUGAUGAUUCCGAGAGCAACUUUCCACUUGUAGCCUUUCUCCUUGAAAUCCGAUACAUCCUUGCUAUUGAGGGUGUUUGGUAUUAAUGAUCCUGAGUUAUGGAACCUGUCUCGUCUUAAUUACAAACAACACAACCAAAGUAAAAUCUUUAAGCCACAGAACUUUGCAACAUUGCCAAUUUUGUACACUUAAACUGGGAGGGUGUUAAAAUUAGCACCUUUUGGUAAUUAGUGGGGAUAAAGUAAUCAGAUCUUAGAUUUUCAUUGAUACUAGAUAUGUGCAAACAAUAACAGUGGUAAGUUCUUCAUAUAUUAACACAAGAUGGUAAUUUUAUUUUUUCAUUUGGAAAUGUGUUGUUGCACGUAUGAGCUCAAUUUCUCAUUUUAACUCCACUUAAGAUGUCCAGGAUGCAUUUUUACACUUGCCAGCCUUUGCAUGGAAGUGUAGUACAAAAUCCUCUAUUUUGCUAAUGAAAGCAGACAUACUCCAAGUAUCCAGUAUCAGAAGGUGGAAAAUUCAAUAAAAGUUUAAUUAUUUCUUCCUCUCCGUUUCUGCAUUGAUGAAUUUCCCUAUUAGCUUGCUCCUGUUUUUAUGCAAUUCUGUGUGGCUGUGAGUAAAUGAGAUGAUUUAGUGUAUUCCACAGUGAUGAUUAUUCACAAGCUUCAGUUAAAAAGGGUCCCAAAAGUGCACUGGUUACUUAAUUAGAGAUGAACAACAAUUUAAUGAAGUUGCCACCAAAAUGAAUUUGAGAAAAGCUAUUGGACUGCAAUAACAAACAGACUCUUCAGUUGUAUCGAAGUGCUGUGUGAUCUUGUUCACUUUGUGGGAACUCCUACGAAAUUGACAAGACAGAGAAACAGUAGAUCAAAAAGCUUUGCCAUUUAUCUGUUUUUCAUUUGUAAGAAAAGGAAUUGUCUCAAAUGCUGUUGGUAGAGAAUUUGUAAUUUCCUAUUUCUCAUUCCUCAUUGAGAUUUAACUGCAGUGAAGGAAAAAAGCCAGCUAGCUUUGUUUCAACAACUUUUUUCACUGUAGAUAAAAUAUUUUAAUGUCAGAUUUCUGUUCACACUGUACCAUUCUGUCAGUGGUUGAGAGCAGCCCUGUGCAACUUAGAUGUGUAAGUAAUAGUGUAUGAUGUACAUCCCAGCCAGAGAUCAAUUUGAUUCCAAAUUGAAGCAAAAUGCUAUAGAAUUUUAAUGUAUUUUGGACAUAAUUGUCUUGAAUAUCUGUUACAAAAGUGGUGCUUAAAAUUUCUUCGUUUAAAGGUUACACCUUUUUAUGUAGCUUGUACAAAGAAAAAAACAAACAUAUCAUGCCAGUAUUGAACAUUGCACUAUUCCCAGUGGGUGGAAUGUCAAUUUUAAAUGUUUUUGGAUAAAUCUAUAUUGACUACUUUUUAUCAUUUAUCUAUGUAAUAAAAUGGGCCUUCAGCCUAUAUUACAGUGUA